UGGUUAAUAUUGCAAUUGGUACUACCUCUUUAAUGUCUAGUGAGUCUUCUCGUAUUCCAUUCUUAAGUGGUGAAAAUUUUUCAGAGUGGAAGGACAAAGUCCUUUUGGCAUUAGGGUGUAUGGAUCUCGAUUUGGCAAUUCGUGGGGAUGAACCACCAAAGCCCACGAACGAGAGUUCAAUUGCGGUUAGGGUUGCCUAUGAUCGUUGGGAGCGAUCUAAUCGCUUAAGUUUGAUGCUUAUAAAGACUCAUAUCAGUUCUAGCAUUAGAAACUCGAUCCCGUCAUACGACAAGGUAAAGGACUACAUGAAGGCUAUUGAAGAGCAGUUUGUUAGUUCUGAUAAGGCACUUGCAAACAUCCUAAUGAAUAGGUUAUCAGGAAUGAAACACAACAGUUUUAGGAGUGUGCGUGAACACAUUAUGGAAAUGAGGGACAUCGUGGCUUGCCUGAAGUCCUUGGAGAUUGAGAUAUCUGACUCAUUCCUUGUUCAUUUCAUACUCCAUUCUCUUCCUGCUGAGUUUGGACCAUUCAAAAUUUCUUACAACACACUUAAGGAAAAAUGGUCCAUCAAUCUUCUUACCAUGUGUGUUCAAGGAGAGGAGAGGUUGAAGCAUGAGAAUAUAGAGAGUGCUCAUUUUGCGACACAUAAAGUUGAACAAGGAAAGAAAGGCAAGAAUGGUCCAAAUUUGAAGAAGAUUGGAAAACAAUCUUUUAAGCGUCAUGGCAAGAAGGAUAUGCUUGUUUCUUCUGCAAAAAAAAAGGACACAUGAAGAAGGAUUGCUCUAAGUAUAAGGACUGGCUUAAAAAGAAAGGGAUUUCUCAACCUAAGGAAACCGACGGGAAGUGAACAAGGCAUCUACUCUGGAAAUGGAAUGCGUUCGCACGUUGAAGCUGUGGGAACUUUAAGACCAGUUUUAGAAAGUGGUUUUGUUUUAGAUCUUGUAAACACAUUUUACAUUCCAUUGUUUUCUAAGAAUCUGAUUUCUGUAUCUAAACUAGUACCGUAUGGUUUUGAGUUUAAAUUUAGUGGACCACAUUUUUAUUUUAUUAAAGAUUCUUCAGUUGUUGGUUCUGGUUCACUUGUUAGUGGUUUAUACAAAUUGAAUUUGGAUCCUAAUUUUGAACAAAGUCUUUUAACCCUGCAUGUUGACAUUGGCACAAAGCGUAACAUUAUUGAUGAGACAUCCUCCACAUUA